AUGGACAAGGAUGAUACCAAGGCACCGAAACUUCAAGCAGGAGGCUGGCGAAGACAUCGACUGGGGGGAAGAAGGUGAUCGGCCGGUAAUGGACAAGUCGACUUUGAAGUAAUCCAUCGGCAUAGAUUGUGUUUCGAACUUCUUCCAUUCCCACAUGGAAACGCCAGCAUAUUCUCUUACUUCAGAAUUGCUUCAAAGAUCUGGCCGUUGCAGCUCCUUGAGCCCUGGCUUCCGGUGAACCGAGAACAGCAGAUUCUAACUUUUGGAAUGUUUGGAUUGUACAGUGAAGCUCGCUACCGUAGGAUAUAUGAUGCUGUCCGGCAGAAAUGCUUCAAAAUGUCAAUGAGACACUUUUGGCUACAUGGGUGGAUGCAAGCAUGGCUAAGUCUGCAGUAUGGACUGUAAUGUUCUUGCAUCUUCUUUUGCACGUUUUAGGUCAACUACCUGCACCACAGAAUGUAAAAUUAACCUCUGUAAACUUUAAACAUAUUGUAACAUGGAAACCAGGAACUGGUUCACCCCCAGGUACACGGUACACUGUCGAAUCUUGCAUGCUAAGCAGGAAUGCUGACAGAUUCAUUCCAGUGAAACAUUGCAUCAAUAUUUCGACCCUGUCAUGUGACGUAUCAUGGACUUUUACAUCUUUUAGCGAUCUUUACUGGGUACGAGUUAGAAGUACUACAAGCACAGAUCAAUCCAACUGGGUGGAAUCGAAAGAACUUUGUCCAUUGCGUGACACCAUCUUGGGUCCCCCGAUCAUCAAUGUGACAAGCAAUAAUCAGAUCAUUGAAGUUAGUCUUGACAUGCCUCUGACUCCACAAAAAGACAACAAAAACCUAAAAACUGUGAAGAAUAUUGAUAAUUCAUUAAAAUAUAUUAUUAUCUUACUCAGCAAAGACGGCUCAGAAUAUGUGAGCGAGACAGUAUGGCCUGAUGAUUCAGGGAAAGGGUACUUUAAGUUUAACAGUCUAAAACCCAAGUUUACUUAUUGUGUUACAACAAGGUUUGAUUCAAUAUCAAAUCCUAACACGAGGAAUUCAAGAAAAAUCUGCACAACCACUUCGCCUCAAAAUACAAAUAUAAUGUGGAUUGCACCUAUGGUAGCAGCACUACUUUUAAUUGCAGGUGCAAUUAUCAUCACUUUAGUGAUUUGGCUGCUGAAACAGUUUGCUUGCUUGUGUUUGGCUAAGUCGCAACUUCCUAAAUCUUUGGCCAUUAUUUCUGAGGAGUUGCACAUGAAUCUGCGAUGCCAGGAGUCAAAUGAGAAUCCAGAAGGUGAUCACAUCUCAUUUCUUAUGAAUGAUGAAACCUCAAAUGAUUAUCAGUUGAAAUUUCAGAGCACAGAUCCUGCCCAAAACUUACAGCCCACCACAACUAACUGUUCAACUGACAUGGGUGAAAAUGCUUCCUACCAAAGUAAUAGUUUCAAUAGUGGAAGUUAUGAACGUAACAGCCUUCUGAAUGAGCCAGAUGCUUGCACCUAUAGGACUGCGGGUGACCUUCCAAACUACCUAACAUCAUCCUUUGAAGAUAGGGACAGUACAAGCAUUACACAGCAGAACAGCCCUGAAAGUCCAAUGCCCCAUAAUGUACAGUGCUGGUCAAGUUUAAGAGAUGAUAAAGAAGCCAGAAGCAGCAAUGCUAUUGAAAAUGACCCAAUAGGAAAGAGUUUGCAAUACAACUUCAGUUCAUUCCAAGAAACUCAGGUAGAACCCAUGAGCAUAGAGCUUUGGAAAAGUGCUGAUGUUCCUCUAAGUACAGUAAAACUUUGUUUUAAUGAUGAUUCUGAUAAAGACGAUUCUGAUGUGGAUGCUUAUGGCGAUGGAAUCUCCAACUUGUUAAAAACCAAAGACUUGUGUUCCCAAUGCACUUGUGACUUGACAACAGCUGAUGAUCAGUCUCGAAAUAGCAAUCUGGAAGAUCAAGAACAAUUCACAAAAUUAACUCAAUUUAUAAAUGACAAUGAAUUUCAGGGCUUGGGUAAAAAGCCAACCUUUCAUACCUCACCAUCUGACCGUAUGCAACUCUCUGGAUAUGAACCACAUUGAAAAUUAUUUGAUGUGUAUAAAUGAGCGAAUGUUUGGACUUACCUCAAAACCAGAAAAUGUCUUUAUAUUCAUUUUGUUUAGGAUAUCCCGACUUUUGAAAUUGGAUGAAAUCUUCAACUUUUUUUCUGGUUUUUAGUUUAAAGCAUUUGUAUUUUCUAAGUGAUAUCUUGAUAUGUUAAACAUUAUUAAGAGUAUCAGUAUCUAUGUCAGCUUUUCACUGUUACUGGUCCAGAAUUUGUAACAUUGCAGCUUGGUUAUGUUUAAACAAAUUCUCGUUUCCUUUAUCCCCACCCUUUCUUUCCUGAAUGCAUUGAUGUUUUGUAGAGUUAAAAGUGUGGAGGCAAUGAAGUGACCAUGAUUCAUAGCAGAAGAUAUCAAUAUUGAAGAAUGGUUUUUGCAACAAAAGCCAACUUCUAAGAAAGUAACCUGGAAGAGAUUGAAAAACUAUGACUACCUGUUGUGUAUAUAUAUGGGGGGGGGGAAAUUGGUGAAGGGACUUGGAAUAGAAUGGCACUGCCAAGGGUAGGAGAAGAGAAGUGCUUAGACCAGAUGGGAAAUACACAGUGGUAAGCAAUGCAAGUGCACUAGGAUUGGAAGACGACUGGGUGACUGGCGAGAGGGACUGAAGAAGGUGGUAUAUCACUUUCAUGGUGAUUCUAAAUACAAUGGGAGAAGCCAAAAGUAGAAACUGGUAUGGCUUCCAGAUCCCUUAUUAAAAUUCCACAUCUGCACACGUGUUAGUAGUGGGUCAUAGCAAGCCAUCAAGAGAAGAAACCAUCUUUCAUUGUCCUUGUCCUGCCCUAGGGGUGUUGACAGAAAUUGGAGUGAUCCUAUCCAUACCAACCCUAAAUGAGAACAGUUAAACUCAGCAUAAUCCAAGGAUGAAGUCUAAUCUGUACGGCAAUGCAUUGUAUAAAAUCAGAGGAGGGUCAGCUACAGUCAGAAAACUAAAGCGGACAUCUAUUUUGUUCAUAUAAAUAGUAAAUUAUAUUGUAAUUAUAUGAAAGAGAAUUUGGAGAAAUACAACUUAUUUAUUUUAUGUCCAAUGAUCACAGUGUGUCAAUAGCCCCAGAGGCUUUUAUGGAAUUGUUUCUCUGUAAAACCAAGCCACCUUGCAUUUGCCAAUCAUUUGACUUAACCAAAACAUUUGAAGGGCAUUCUCUGUUCCAAUAAUGAGCAAGAUUUUUGAUGACUGCCCCUCCAGACUUCCAUCAGUUUGUUGAAACAAAUGAGCACAAGACAAAAUGUUGUUUAUUUGACAGCUUUUUAAAAAAUAUAUACCUUUUAUUAAAAAAAGAUUUUUUUUCUUUUGAAUAUUACAACAAAUACAAAACCAAACAAUUCAAACCAAACAAUAUUAAAAAAAACAAACCUGCUAAUGACAUAAAUAAAUAUCAACUAAUAAAUAAGCUAAAAAAGAAAAGUCUUAUCAAUAAUAAUAAUGAUAAUAACCAUAACACAGCCCAGCAAAACAAAGCAAUCACCCUCGAUCAUCGAGCAUGUAAGUUUAUACAUAUUUAUAUGUUCAUAGUUCCUCCCCUCUGGAUACCAGAUUCAUUACACAGAAUUGCCAUGGCUAUGUAAAGGCUCUUAUCAGGAUGGCAGACAAAUCUGUAACCAGUUAGGCCAAAAAGGACCACCAUGUCUUAUAGAAAUUCUCAGUUUUAUGGUGCACCAUAUUUGUCAGAAAGUCCAAGGGGAUGUGCUCCAUGACUAGCUUACACCAGCCCUGGGGGAUCUUCUGACACCCAACCUAAUAGAAUGUUCUUUCUGGCACAAAAACUGAGGAUACUGAAAAGCCUUUUUUUGUGUGCAUCUAAUGAAAGUGAAUUAACAAAGCAAAGAAGAAGAGAUACCAGGUCCAUCUCCAUCUCCGUCCCCAAGGCCUUCUCUAUUUCGCCCACCAAAGUGCUCCAAUAUGCCCACAGUCUGUGGCAGGACCAAAGACAAUGAGUAAGAAUGCCCAUGCUCACUUUACAUUUAGAACACAUCAGAGAUGCUCUCGCUUUAAAUGUAUCGAGGCAGUCUGGGGCCAGAUGGACUCUGUGGAGGCGUGGAUCCUGUUGCAAAUCAAGGUCCUUCUUGCAUUUCCCUAGAUGUCCUCCAAUAUUUCAGAAGAGAUCUCAACGUUCAGUUCCCUCUCCCAUACCUUACAGAGCCGUUCGGUCUUGUCCAAGGGAUUCUCAAUGGAUGAUAAGCAUUGCUAACAGAUAACAUACCCACAGCACUCAACACCCUCUUCUCCAUGUCAGACCUAUAAGGAUCAGUUAGAAGUGUAGUCUCUUUUUGUAUGAAGUUUCUAGUUUGAAAGAAACAAAAGAGGUCUACACUAGGCAAUUCAAAUUUUCUGAGCCAACAGGUCAAAGGACAUCAGUAUAUCCCUUGCGAAUAAAUCAGCCAGGAAACACAUGCCGCACCUGCCCAUAGUUUAAACCCAGAGUCCAUCAAACCUGGCUGAAAGCCUGGCAAACCAAUUAUGGGGGUCAAAAAUGAUGUUUUGGCAAUAUUCCCCUCACCCUGACGCAUUGCCUUCCAUACCUUGACAGUAUG